GAUUUUAAGCUCGAGUUUGGCCAUCAUCAAGGCAGGACAAGUUCUGUAUGGCAUGGAGGUACAGCUACCAUUGUUCAGAGCCCUGGAGACGAAGUAUGGGGAAUAGUGUGGAAAAUGAACGCUAGCAAUUUAAGUUCACUGGAUAAGCAAGAGGGAGUUGAAGAUGGCAUUUAUGUCCCAAUAGAAGUUAAUGUCCACACUCAAGCAGGGAAGGUACUGACCUGUCGAAGCUACCAGAUGAAGGACUAUGUCUGUGGUCCCCCUUCUCCUCAGUAUAAAAGG